CCUGCUGCCGGCCCUGGUCGUCCGCUCUGCCAUCACGCCCCCACUCUGGAUUUCCAGUUCUACAGCCAUGAAAUAAGAGCUGAGCCUGGGCCCAUCUCAUUUCCCCAAGUUCCCAAGCAUGUUGGAAGUGGAAAAAAUCGGGAAGCCCCCCAAGAGACAUACACCUUCAGGAUCAGUGGGGCAGGGGCCAUCUGUGUGUGCUGCCUCCUCCGUGACCAGACCCAGGAGCCCAGCUGCUUCCUUGGCUUCUCCUAGCUCCAAGUUUAAAACCAGAGCUACCAAUACCUCUCACGGACUCGGCUGGGGUGCGGGGGGGCGCCUGCCGGAGACCGAGGUCAAACUUGAGUUUGUAGACAUAGGAGAGAGGGCUGUCAGUGGCCACAGCAAGAUCGGACCGUCUGCCUCCCCGAAGGGGAGUGAGACGGAUCUGCCCCUGCGGAGGAAGAGACCUCACCCCCUCCCCAGUUCCUCGUCGGUCCCUUCACCUGACGGAGUUUUCCUGGAGGAGCAGGAGGAAGGCACCCCGGGCCUACUUGUCCACAGUGAGACGAGCGAAGCCUGCUCCCUGGGGAGGCCCGGUCUGCACCCAGCUGCCUCCCGUGAAAAGUGCCAGGCCAGCCCUGGGCGGAGGAAGCCAAAGGGCGACUCUGGCCUCUACAGCCUCAAGUCUGUGCUUGGGCAGGAGACCCCUGGGCAGCCCGAGACGAAGGUGUCCAAACAGAAGGCACGAGGGCAGAGGGAGGAGGGGGAGCCGACGGGAAAGAAGUCGAGGGCCCCAGCGCUCAGCUCUGGCCAGUCCCCCUCUCCCCCAGCGCUACACCAGGCAGCCGGGGCGGACAGGCCAGAGGCGGGCCAGCCUGGUGAGAGUGAGAAGGCAAGACGAGCUGACCUCCUCAUCGCCCAUCUGGCCAGAGAGCUGCGACGCCUCAAGAAAUGGAAGAAGAGGCACUUGCUUGCGGCUGUCGGGGACAAGCCGCCCUGCCUGAAGAAGCUGGUCAGAACUCUGAAAGCGGAGACCAAGGGCUGGGCUUUUCCCGGGCAUUCCCCCGGCCCCGCGGACACUGCGGGUCACAAGGCCGUGUCAGACAUCGGACGGUUCUUUACCAUUGACUGCAAGGACGUCUGCCACGUCACCUGCACUCUGUGUCAUGCCAGCAUCAGACUGGGCAAAUUUAAGGGGCAUUUCCAAACCUCAGGCCUGGUCCGUCACUUGGUGAGUAAGCACGGACUAGAGAGAGACAGAAGGCCAGCCGCCGCCAGCCCGGGGGAGAAGAAGGACGGGGCCGAGGAGAGAAAGCACAAGGGCCUGCCCGCAAGUCCUGCUGGCCUUGCCCCUGAGGGGCUGCCGUCACCAGGACGCUGCACGGAUGCCUCCCCUCUGGUGGACGGUGGCAGGCAGCUGGCGGCGGGCAGGCCUGAGCAGCUGUCACUGGCUCCGCCUCUCUUGCCUCCUUCCUGUAGAGAUGACCCUGCCGCCUCCCCGCCGGCAGUCGGGGUGGGCCGGGGUGGCACCCACGCCCCCGGCCAGCCCCGAGCACAGGCCUGGACCCGCAGCAUCGCGGAGUUGCUCUGCAGCCUGGCUUUGCCGCUGUCCUUUGUGUCAUCGCUGCCUUUCAGAAGGUUUAUGGCCCAGGUCGACCCUUGCUACCACGUGCCGCCUCCCGCCUUCUUCUGCGGGAGAGCCUUGCCUCUGCUCCGUGAGGCGAUCGAGGAGCAGGUGUGUCGGGAGAUGCAGUGGGCCAAGGGCAGCUGUGUCCACCUCACCGUGUCCACCGCUGCCCGGGACACGGUUGUGGACUACGUGGCCAUCACCGCCCACUGGGGAGCCGUACAGCCGGGCAGUCGGCGGGUGGCGUCGGGGAGCCUGAGAAAGCAGGCCGUGCUGUGGGUUCGGGGCCUGCCCCAGGAGAGCUCUCCGGAGGAGAGGCAGGGGGAGCUGCGGGAGCAGGUGGGCCUGUGGCUCAGCCGCAGCUCCCUGCAGCCAGGCUUCCUGGUGUCGGGCGGCUGCCUCAGCCUGGAGCAGGCAGUGAGGACAGAGGGCUACACCCACCUCCCCUGCUUUGCCCACUGCCUCGACUCCCUGGUGAGGAACUUCCUGCGUCACCAUCAGAGCGUCCAGCUCAUCCUGGGUACGGUGCGGGCCAUCUGCAGCCAUUUCCAGGGCUCCGCGGAGGCCCGGCGGCUCCUCGGCCAGCUGCAGCAGCAGCGUGGCCUCCCGGCCCAGCAGCCCUUCUGGGAGCUCUCGGACCACUGGGUGUCCGCCUACUGCUUGCUGGAGUGGCUGGUGAGGCAGCAGCGGCCCCUGCAAGAGUACGAGAGGCGACACCAGCUGGGCAAGGCUGGGACGGCCCUGUCGACUACGUUUUGGAGCCUGACGGACAGUCUGGUCACGCUCCUGCAGCCCUUCUGGGUGGCGGUCCGGGAGGCGAGCGCCGCGCGGGCUUCUUUAAGCCAGGUGCUGCCCCAGCUACGCUACCUGCAUAUCUUCCUGGAGCAGGUUAACCGGCACUUCGAGGAGCAGGGCGGCGGGGAGGUGGGGGCAGCCGUCCGGCUGGCCAAGGGCUUGGCCCUGCAGCUCUCCACAGACGGCCAGCUCAACGAGCUCUUCCACCGCAAGGAGUUUGUGCUGGCGACCCUCCUGGACCCCCGCUUCAAGGGGAAGAUCGAGUCCAUCCUGCCCGCGGGGGCCGACAUUGACCACUGGAAGCAGGUUCUCGUGUACAAGGUGAAGGAGAUCAUGGUGUCUGACUACUCCUUGCCUCCCUCACCCUCCCUGCACAGCCCCAAGGCGAGGCGUGCGGGCCCUACCCCGAGCGGCCGAGUCACCAGGAGCCUCGGGGCCGAGGGGAAGGGCCGGAAGGUGCCUGUGCGGGGGGGCGGCGGCUCGGGGUCUCUGCUGCUGGACCAGAGGGAGAAGAGCUUGCUGGAGCAGCUGGAAAGCGUGGGGCUGCUGGCGUCCAAGAGAAGCGGAGCGUCGCUCUCCACCGAGAGCCACUUGGCCAGUGUCAUCGUCAAGAAGUACCUGCGUGAGAAUGAGACAGUUGGCGCCCAGGAGGACCCGCUGGUUUACUGGGAGAAGAGGCAGGAGGUCUGGCCAGCUCUGGCGAGACUGGCCACUGUCUACCUGUCCUGUCCCCCGACGGGGGCCUUCUCUAGAAGCGUCUGUGCCUCCCUGGACAGCCCUGCCCUUGCAGAGCAUAGCGCCCCUCUCCCAGUGGGGACCAUUGAACAUCUCCUCUUCUUGAAGAGCAACCUGGAGACUUUCCCCGACUACCCUGCCCCUGCCCUCAUCUUCCGCAGUGGAGACCCGGCCGACGGGGAGCGGAACAGCGAGGCCGACCUCAUCUGACGCCCUGAAAGUCUGCCUGUGGGAAGUGUGUCCGGCAUCAGAGGGGAGGGCAGGAUGCUGCACCCUAGGGCAUUAGACAGAGGCGGCCAGAGUCCUCCCUCCACCUGUUUGGAGGGAAUAGGGACAGGUUCUCGAUUCUUGACACAUUGCCCUUUUUUUCUUCCCCAGGGUGAUGUCAUUUCCCAUUCAUAUAUUGCUUAAUUUGUCUCUAGCGGUUUGUGCAUAGAAAAGGUGAAGUCUCCAAAAG